UCCAAGAACACCUUUGGUCCCAAACACAUAGAUACUCGGGACCAGGGUGUCCAUCUUGGUAGAGAGUCCUUUGUGUGCAGUGAAUGUGGGAAAACAUUCAGGUACAAAUCCUUAUUUGCCAUACACCAGAGAUACCAUACUAGAGCACGACUUCAUGAGUUUGGUCCAUGUGGAAAGUCCCUUGGGCAACAACCAACCCUGAAUGAACAUGGGAAGACUCAGGGUGGAUCCAGGCAGUACACGUGCAGCAAAUGUGGGAAAUCCUUAGGUGACAAAUGUGUCCCCCUUAAUGUCCAGAAAUUGCCCAGUGGAGGGAAAAAUUAUGUUUGUAGCGGAUGUGUGAAAUCUGUGAGUGGUAGCUCAGUGUCGAUUACUCACAGGGUUCAGUCUGGAGAUAGGUUUUAUAAGUGUCAUGUCUGUACAAAAUCUUUUCCGUCUAUGUCUGCCCUCUGUUAUCAUCAGCGAUCUCACACCGGGAAAAGACCGUAUGAGUGCAGUGAUUGUGGGAAAUCUGUUACCAGUACUUCAUCUCUCCGUUCUCACCAGAGAAUUCACACUGGAGAAAGGCCUUUUAAAUGCAAUGAAUGUGGGAAAUGUUUUGUUCAUAUUACUUCCCUCCGUUAUCACCACAGAGUUCACAGUGGAGAAAGGCCUUACGAGUGUAGCAAAUGUGGCAAAUCUUUUAUGAGUCGUAGUGGCCUCCGUCAUCACCAUAGUGUUCACACUGGAGAAAAGCCCUAUAUGUGCCGUCAAUGUGGCAAAUCUUUUACAAGUAAUUCUCAACUCUCUUGUCAUCAGUGGGUUCACACUGGAGAAAAGCCUUAUAUGUGCCGUCAGUGUGGCAAAUCUUUUACAAGUAAUUCUCAAGUCUCUUCUCACCAGUGGGUUCACACUGGAGAAAAGCCUUAUAAGUGCAGUGAGUGUGGGAAAUCCUUUGCUAGGAAUUCUGCCCUCUGUCGUCAUCAGAGAGUUCACACUGGAGAAAGGCCUUACAAGUGCAUUGAAUGUGGGAAAUACUUUCGUCGAAAAAGUUCUGUCCAUUAUCACAUGAAGCUUCAUCCAGGUGAACAAACUUAUAAGUGUUAUUUAUGUGGGAAAUCUUUUACUGCUAAAUGUUCCUUCCAUUUUCACCAGCAAACUCAUGCUGGACAGAAACCUUAUCAGUGUAUUGAAUGUGGGAAAUGUUGUACUACUCUUUUUGGCUUUCGUAAUCACUGCAGACGUCACACUGGAGAAAGGCCUUAUGAAUGCCGUGAAUGUGGGAAAUCAUUUACCUCUAAUUCUGCUCUCCAUUAUCACCAGAAAAUUCACACUGGGGAAAGGCGUUAUGAGUGUAGCGAAUGUGGCAAAUGUUUUAUGAGUUUUAGUGCCCUCCAUCGUCACCAGAGAACUCACUCUGGAGAAAAGCCUUACAAGUGCCAUGAAUGUGGGAAAUCCUUUACUGCAAAUUCUACGCUCCGAACUCACCAGAUACUUCACACUGGACAGAAACCUUAUAAGUGCAGUGAAUGUGAGAAAUCUUUCAUCACUAGGAAACAGCUCCAGGAUCACCAGAUAGGUCACAGUGGAGAGAGACCUUAUAAAUGCCCUGACUGUAGCAAAUCGUUUGUCCGGAAAAGUACCCUCAGUAAACACAAAAUGCGUCACACAGGUGAACGGCCUUAUGAGUGUAAUGAAUGUGGGAAAUCCUUUUUUACUAGAUCUGCCCUCCGUUCCCACCUAACACUUCACACUGGAGAAAAGCCUUAUGAGUGCAAUGAAUGUGGGAAAUCUUUCCGUACUGUUUUUUCCCUCCGUUCUCACAACAGAGUUCACACUGGAGAAAGGCCUUAUAUGUGUAAUGAAUGUGGGAAAUCAUUUGCUGAUAAUUCUGCCCUCCACCGUCACCAGAGACUUCACACUGGAGAAAGGCCUUACCAGUGCAAUGAAUGUGGGAAAUCUUUUAUUACAAGUACUGCCCUCCGUUGUCACAAGCUAGUUCACUCAAGAGAAAGGCCUUAGAGUGCCAUGAAUGUGGGAAAUCUUUUUAUGAGUCAUAAUGCUUUGAGACAUCAUUACAGCCUUCGCACUGCAGGAAGGAUCUAAAACAGCACAGGUGGUGAUACUACUUGUGUAGUCCCGUUUAGGGUGGAGGACAACCUCUGAGGUAGCCAGCUACCUGAAUUUGAAUGUGGUUCCCCUGAAUGUCCCCAGUGCAGUGACUUCCC